GACUGAUUCAGUCUAUCGAAUGCAGCGGGAGACAACACUGAGAAAAGCGAGAGUGGCCGGAGCCCAAGCUGCGUUAGGGUGUCCGGGGAGGUGGUCUGUGGGAGGGCGGCUGCUCUCGGGAGCGGGCGAAGCAAGCGGGGUGCAGGGAGCUCUCGGCAGCGGGCGAAGGAAGCGGCUCGUCGGCCGGUUCGCUCCGGCACGCCGCGGGCGAAGGAAUCUGCUGGAGGAGGGGCAGCGAGCGGUGGUCAGCCGCGGCAGUCAACUGGCGUGCGGCUGGAGGAGGGAUUGGGCCGCAGCGGCGCAUUAGGCGGCGGUGCCGUGCAGCCGUGCGUCAACGGAAGGCAAUUACAGAACACUGGUCACUUAAUCACUUGCUUUCCGCCACUGGUGGUGUUGUAGACAUGGAUUUUCGAAAGCAUCAACCUUCUGCUAAUGCAACCUCUAUUAGUAUGGUCCACCUGGAUUUUCCUAGCCAAAUGCUUGAGGAUAUUGAUUCUGUGAAUCAAGUGAUGCCAGCAGAUUUUCCAUCGGAGGCUCCUAUUGAUAUUGAUAUGAGGGAACUUUACUUUCUAAUUUUGCAUUUUUUAUCACAUGGUCCAUUUAAGCGGGUCGCUGGAGAGCUGUGCAAUGAACUUCUGGAGCAUCAAUUGUUACCUAGAAGAUAUCAUGCUUGGUAUUCGCGUGGUGGUUUUCAUAGCGGCAAAGAAAAUGACGAUGGUGUAUCACUCCCUUUGGGUUACCUAAAGCUAGUUGAGAGAUACCCUCAUAUUGGUAAAGACCACUUGGUGAAGCUGUUAAAGCAACUGAUGAUGACUUCCUGCCGCCCAGACAGCUUGGUUAGAGAUGUGUCUCCAAAUGCUGCUGAUUUUCCAACACUUCUUGGCUCCAACUCCUUUUCCCUUCUUGCAUCUGAUAGGUGCAGGCAAGAUAAGGAAACCCUCAGGCUGCCGAGGUAUCUCCGGUGGUCACACAUACAUGCUGAUCAAGUUCAUGGUUUAAGUUUGAGGGAGAUUGGUGGUUUCACUAAGAAUCAUCGAGCUCCUUCUGUACGUGCAUCAUGCUAUGCCAUUGCAAAGCCAUCUACCCUUGUUGAAAAGAUGCAGAUUAUAAAGAAAUUGAGGGGACAUCAGAAUGCCGCGUAUUGUGCUACUUUUGACCGCUCAGGACGUUAUGUUAUUACUGGUUCUGAUGACCGCCUUGUCAAAAUUUGGGCGAUGGAAACAGCAUUUUGUCUGGCUAGUUGCCGAGGCCAUGAAGGUGAUAUUACUGACCUCGCUGUGAGUUCCAAUAAUGCUGUGGUAGCAUCUUCCUCCAAUGAUUUCAUUAUUAGAGUGUGGCGCAUACCUGACGGCAUGCCAAUGUCAGUGUUGAAGGGCCAUACUGGGGUUGUAACAACUAUUGCAUUUAGUCCAAGGCCAGGUGCUGCUUUCCAGCUAUUGUCAUCAUCUGAUGAUGGGACAUGCAGGAUUUGGGAUGCUAGACAUUCUCAACAAUCUCCACGAAUAUAUAUACCAAAACCUUCAGAUGUUGCCGCUGGGAAGAGUGGUGAUGCAUCUUCCAGUGCUGUUCAAGUUCAACCAACAAAUCACCAAAUCUUAUGUUGUUCAUUCAAUGCUAAUGGAACUGUGUUUGUUACUGGCAGUUCAGACACUUAUGCGAGGGUGUGGAGUGCUUGCAAGAGUUGUUCUGACGAACAUGACCAACCGAAUCAUGAGAUGGACAUAUUAUCAGGUCAUGAAAAUGAUGUAAACUACGUGCAGUUUAGUGGAUGUGUUGUAUCAAGAUCCUUUUCGUCUGACAGCAGUCACACCAGUAAGGAAGAAAAUAACCUUAAGCUAAGAAAUUCAUGGUUCACACAUAAUAUUGUUACCUGCUCCCGUGAUGGCAGCGCAAUUAUAUGGGUUCCGCGGUCUCGGAGAUCACAUGGAAAGAUUGGACGCUGGACACGCGCUUACCAUCUCAAGGUUCCUCCACCCCCAAUGGCUCCUCAACCACUUCGCGGUGGUCCACGUCAAAGAUACAAUCCAACUCCUCGGGGUGUGAAUAUGAUUGUUUGGAGUUUGGACAACCGCUUUGUGCUUGCUGCUAUCAUGGAUUGCAGAAUUUGUGUUUGGAAUGCUUCUGAUGGGAGCUUGGUGCAUUCACUGAUUGGCCAUCAGGAAUCAACAUUUGUUCUUGAUGUGCAUCCGUUCAACCCCCGUAUAGGUAUGAGUGCUGGGUAUGAUGGAAAGACAAUCAUCUGGGAUAUAUGGGAAGGAAAGUCUGUACAGAUCUACGAAACUGGCCACUAUAAGCUUGUUGACGGCAAGUUCUCUCCGGAUGGAACAUCACUUGUCCUCACCGAUGAAAUUGGGCAAAUAUUCAUUAUUGGUACAGGGCAGGGCAAGUCCCAAAAGGAUGCGAAAUAUGAUCAGUUCUUUCUUGGAGACUACCGGCCCCUUGUUCAUGAUACAAAUGGAAGUGCUAUUGAUCAGGAAACACAACUUGCACCUUAUAGGAGAAAUAUUCAAGACCUUUUGUGCGACUCGGGUAUGAUACCUUACCCAGAGCCUUUUCAGAGCAUGUACCAGAAACACAGGUUAGGUACCCUGGGUAUUGAAUGGCGACCUCCCUCGGUAAAUUUUGCUGUUGGGCCCACUUACGAUGCAACCACUGGCGAGUACCAAAUCAUCUCAGUUAUUGAUCCAGAUAGGUGGGAACCACUUCCAGAGAUAACAGACUUCAUCGAGCUUGAACCAGAAAAUGAAGCGAUCUCUGAUGAUACUGAUUCCGAGUACAAUGGCAUGGAUGACUAUUCUAGUGAAGGAGAACAGGAGAUUUGGGGUGGUCAUGCUUCUGGUGCUUCAUACUCAAGUGCAGAGAUUGAUGGAUCUAAUCUUAACAGUACUGCUAAUCUCCGCAGAUCUAGAAGAAAGAAGAAAAGAUCUGAUGCUGAUUUUGUUACUUCAUCUGAUCGGCGAGUUAAGAAAAGAAAUUUGGAUGGGCAUGGUGUGGCUACACCGUCAAGGCCACAUAGAGGUAGGAAGUCUAAGACUGGCCGUGCUACCAAAAGGAAAAUAUCUCCUAAAUCUAGGAGAUUGCGACCUCAAAGACGUGCUACUCACAGCACACACAGUUUUUUCUCGAAGAUUGAAACUUCAACAGAAGAGGAAGAUGGAUCAGCGAGCAGUCUUUCAGACAACGAACUGAACACAGAAAGCACUGAAGCUGAGCAGUCAGCGUGGCAUGGCCUGCCAAGACUUGGUAGAGAGACCAACCAAUAUGAUUCCGAAUAUGUUACCCGACCUUCUCAGUUCACUGAAACCAAGGGAAAAAAUUCUGCAAAUAGUAGAAAACUGAUUCUGAGGAUACCACGCCGUGAUCUAAAAGUUCAGUUUCCUUCAGAAAGUGCAAAUCCAGAACUCCCACCUCAUUAUGCAGUGCUGUCACUUCCAGCAGCCAGAUACAAAGACGAUGAGCCGGAACUAGCUUUUGAGCCUGGAAACUCCUCUGCUUGCAAGUCUGAAUCACCUCUGGUCUCUGUUCUACAUGAUGCGGGUACUGUUCACAGUAAUGACGCAAUCAAAGGGGGUGAGCUUAAGCUGCGACCUUCAAAGCAUUGCAAGUUCGGGGACUCUUCUUCAGGAGACAUGUGGGUCUCUUCAAAUAAUGCACUUUCACAUGACGUUUAUGGGUCUGGUUGUCAGAAAACACCUAAUCAAUAUGAUAAUGGCGUCCAACAAAGGGUUGAGCAGAAUGUACAGAAAAGACAACGUGCAAUUUAUCUGGAUAGCAUCCAUGAAAACCACAAUACUGAUGAUUAUCGUGAAGGUAAUUUGCCUGGUAAAGAAUGGAUAACUGACAACAAGAAUACUCAUCUAGAGGAAGAAAAUAACAGGGAACACGGUCAGCAGUUCCACAGCACUCGGUCUAUAUCCUUUAAACUGAAGUUGUCCAGACCAAGAGGCUUUGCAGAUGGAGCAAGUUCAUCAGACAUAUCGAAGACUAGUGCAGUAGGGAGUGACAUCAACCAUGUUAAAGUUUCCAUGCAGCAUGAUGAGGUUUCUGCCACCAGUCAACAUAGGAGUAGUGACUUCACUAGUGUGUCCAGACGUUUCCAGGACUUUGAAUCUGCGAACACAUACGGCACAGUGUGCAAAAGGUCAGAGCCAAGUAAGCACAGGAAAAGAUUGGGUUCGGAUGCCUUUGGAAAUGGACAUAGUACUUCUGUUUCCAAUGAUGAUGGUGGGCAUCAACCUCUAGACUGCAGUCCUGUUGCACUUACUGGUAGUUUACGAAGAAACGAAAGGAGGUCAUGUGCAUACACUGAUUAUGGUAGAGAAAGGGAUGCAAUCUCUCAUGUGCAAAGUUCUUCCCUCGAAGCAGCAAUUAGUGGGAGACGAAUUGUUGCAAAUGUGCGUGAAGUAAUGUGGGGAUCAACAUCAAAGACUGCUGGUAUAAAGUCUUGUAUGAACAAAGGAGAGAGUUGCAACUUUCCUGAUACACAUCUAUUGGAGAAAAAGCACCAAGUAUCGAGGCCGUGGUUGAUGUUGCUAGAGCAUGAAGAUAUCUACCGUUAUAUUCCUCAACUUGGCGAUGAGGUUAUGUACUUGCGACAGGGCCAUGAAGAAUAUGUUUAUAAAGUGCAAUCAUCGGAUAAUUGCCCAUCGAAUCGGAUCAGAGGCCUUAAAGCUGCCGAGCUUUGCAAAAUUAAGGGUCUUGAUUACAAGCCAGAUAGAGGGUCUGGGGAAAGCUGCUGUGAAUUAACUAUUAAAUUCAUUGAUCACACUUCAAGCGGAUUUGGCAAAGAGUUUGUAAUCACAUUGCGUGAGCUAGUUACGUUCCCUGAUUUUCUUGUGGAAAGAACACGGUUUGAAGCUACUACCACGUAUAACUGGAGCAUCGCUGAUAGGUGCAAAGUUUGGUGGAUGGAUGAGGGAGAGGAUGGAGGAAGUUGGUGGGAGGGACGAGUAUUGGAAAUAAGACCUAAGUCACCUGAUUUUCCUGAGAGCCCUUGGGAGAAAUAUGUCAUACAGUAUGAAACUGAUGGCUCUGAACAUCCGCAUAGCCCCUGGGAGGUGCAUGAUGCUAAUAACCCAUUGGUUCCAUGGAACCGUCCACAUAUCGAUCCCAGUACCAGGAACAAAUUGUUAUCAGCAGUGACCGGUUUACAGGAAAAGUCUCUCAGAAAUCAGGAUCGCUACGGUGUUCUGAAGUUAGAUACUGUUGCAGGAAAAUCAGAUUUCAUAAACAGGUUCCCUGUCCAAUUCUCCAUUGAGGUGAUCAGAGCAAGACUACAGAGCGAUUACUACAGAACUCCGGAGGCUGUCAAACAUGAUGCCACUGUGAUGCUUGCCAAUGCCAAGUCUUAUUUUUCCAAGAGCGGCGAAAUGACCAAAAAGAUCCGCAAGCUAUCUGAAUGGAUCCAAGACAAGAUUCUAUCACUAUAGUGGGAGGUGCGCUGUGCGGGGUUGGCAUUCUUCCCUUUUAGCAGAAUUUUUGCACUCAUCCCGUCAGAUGAUUCUCCGUUUGCGUCGCAGAAGCAUGUUUUUGUUAAGAGGAAUGAACCAAAAUAGUUGGCAGGUUGGGAGGGAUUUCUUGUGUGGCCCAACAUUUUGAAACUAUAUCUGAUCUGAUCCCCGGUUUAUUGAUGCAAAUUGAAAUCCUGACCAUUUGACC